AUGGCCUUCAAACUCUCCGAUAUUCCAUCCCUCAAAGACAAAGUCAUCCUAGUUACAGGCGGCAACGAAGGCCUAGGCAAAGAAUCAGUCUUUCAACUCGCCACUCGCUCCCCAGCAAAGAUCUACCUAGCAGCGCGCAACCCUUCAAAGGCCGAAGCUGCCAUAGCCGAAAUCAAACAGCGAGCUGGCCCAGAAUGCGCGCCCAUUCAGCUUCUCAGCCUUGAUUUGUCCUCUUUGGACUCUGUCAAGAAAGCAGCAGCCGAGGUCACUGCAAAUGAAUCCCGCCUGGACCUACUCAUCGCCAACGCAGGCGUUAUGGGCGCUGGCGGCGUCACUGAAGAUGGCUACGAGCUCCAAUUCGGCGUUAACCACAUGGGACAUGCGCUUUUAAUCCGCUCUCUGCUUCCGCUUAUGCAGGAGACUGCUCAGAGGGAGGGGAUCAGUGCAGGCGAGACGCGAUGCGUGAUUCUUUCUUCUAGUGCGGAGAGCUUUGCACCUGCUUCCAUUUAUCCGUUCGAUGAGUUGAAAUCGGAUUACGCGUCUGCCGGGAUGUGGGCCAAGUAUGGAAUCAGCAAGAUGGCCAAUUUGCAUUAUGCUUCCCAGCUCGCGAUACACUAUCCUGAGGCGAAGACGGGGAUUCGGUUCGUUUCUGUUCAUCCGGGUGGUGUGAUUACCAAUCUCGGUGAUACUCUGAAUAACUGGCCAAAGACGGAGCGGGUUGUUAGAAAGUUUGCGGCGAUGUUGCUCAAUCUUAAGCCUGUGGAGGAGGAGGGGGUAAGGAAUCAGCUUUGGGCUGCUACUUGUCCCGAUGGGAUGGGUGAUGGACUGAAGGCUCCGGAGUCGGGUGGUUUUUAUUACCCCGUUGGCAUCGCCGGGAAGGGUUCUAAGACGGCUUACAACAAGGCUAAGGCCGAUGAGUUGUGGGAGUGGACUGAAAAGGAGCUGCAGCCGCAUCUCGCGGUAUAA